AUGGAUAACACCACUCAAUCAUCAUCUAUUUCUGUCCCUAUUUUCAAUGGUGAAAAUUAUGAUUUCUGGCGUGUUAAAAUGGAAACAUAUUUUUCAUCUCAAGAUAUAUGGGACAUAGUAGAAGAAGGCUUCACUGUUCCCGCGGAUACUUCAACUCUUAAUGCAACUCAAGAAAAGGAGUUGAAGAAAAAUAAACAGAGAAAUUCAAAGGCGUUGUUCACCUUGCAACAAGCCGUGACUGAUGCAAUUUUUCCAAGAAUUAUGGGAGCUAAGACUGCCAAAGAUGUGUGGAACACAUUGAAGGAGGAGUUUCAAGGAAGUGAUAAGGUACGUGCUGUUAAACUUCAAUCUCUAAGAAGAGAUUUUGAACUAUUGAAGAUGAAGGAUUUUGAGACAGUUAAAGAUUACUAUUCUAAAGUCAAAGAAAUAGUUAAUCAAAUGAGAGCUUUUGGGGAUGAUAUUCUUGACAAGAAAAUUGUUGAGAAAAUUCUAAUUACUAUGCCCCCAAAGUUUGACCCAAUCGUGACAACGAUUGAGGAAACCAAAGAUUUGUCCACUCUAUCAGUGACAGAACUGGUGGGCUCUCUUGAAGCAUAUGAGCAAAGACUGAAUAGGCAUAAAGAAGACACGCUUGAAAAUGCCUUCCGAUCAAAGCUCAAAUUUCGGCCCCAAAAUAAAGAAGAUGAAGGAAAGAAGAGUUAUGGAGAAACUUCUAGAAGAAGAGAAGCUUCUAGAAAUUUCUUUAAGAACAAGCCAGAUAAAAAUCCUCCAUGCAAUAUAUGCAAAAGACCAGGCCACGCAGAGAAAAAUUGUUGGUACCGUAAUAUGCCACAAUGCAACCAUUGCAAGAAGUUCGGACACAUAGAGAAAAAUUGUCGCAACAAAGAUAGGCAUCAAGCUAAUAUUGCAGAGGAGCGUGAUCAAGAACAAUGUAUGUUCUAUGCCACUCAAGACUCAAUGAAAUAA